CUUAUCAAUCAUGGAGCUGCGUACCCUACAGAGAGAGAGAGAGAGAGAGAGAGAGAGAGAGAGGGAGAGACUGCUUCAAUGGUCUGAGAAAGCAAAAAAGUUCAAAAGAAUAAUGUAACCUGAUCAGUGUCCGUAAAAGCAAAUUCCUCUACUCUUUCUUCUCCUUGAAUAUUUCAAUUUGUUUCUCCUUGCACUCACUGCAAAUUGAGCAAAUCCGUUUUCUUUAAACCAAAGCUGCUGCUACAUCAAUUCGCGGCCGCCGGAGAAGUCAUGGAUUUGAACCCUGCUGGAGAUCGAGGUUCGAAUUAUUUUGAUAAAGUUCUGUCUAUGGUUAGUUUUGCAUACAAUAAGGAGAGAGCAACCAAUUCCUCGCCAUUCAUUGAUUCCAUUCUCCACAAUGCUCACUUCCUUGUCUUUUUUGCUGUGUAUCUUAUUUGCCGUUAUGUAAAUCACAUAUCACUGUAUCAAGCACUUGUUUGUGUCGGCCUUACCCCAUUGUUUCUCUAUUUCUACAUCAACUAUGCGCCGUUUCUGUUCUUAGAGGAAGACAUCAAGUGGAUUCGAAGAGAGUCGAGGUUACUGCAUGCCAUCGUUGAGGAUGCAGAGAAAAUCAUGCAUUAUAGUGGUCUUAUAGGCGCAAGAGCACGCAAAAUCUGGGAUUCUAAUCCUGAUGGAGCAACCGUGAAAGGAGUUGAUGAAACUGAGGUUGCAUUGUUGGAUAAAGCCAAAUCCAUGGCUUUAAGAGCAAAAAAUUUGGUUGCGACCUUUGAGAAACAGAGGAUCGCAAGAGACUCCCACACCCAAAGAUUAUGUUUCGAUAUGAUCACUGAAAAUUUCCAGCAGGUAUCAGAGCUGUUCACAGAAACUAAGACUGUUAAGCAGGGCAUGAAGGAUAUCUUUGAGGGGAAUAAGGAUUACUGGAUUGGCAUUGGCGAAUCUCUGGAGAGGUCAAGGUCCAGUAUUAUAAGCCUGCUGCCCAGGCCCGUGCAUGGACAUGGUCAACAAAAAUGGGUGCAGUCCAAAGAACAAGUUUCCUCAGCAGCUGCUUUGGCGUCCACUGUCGAAGAGAACAUAAAACGUCUCAUCACUCAAAAGCCAGAUUUAAUGCGUAAAGAUACCGGAAAGCAAAUAAUUUCAAUAAACCUGCAACUGCAGCAACUGCAUCAUUUUCUGAAAGAUGUACAAGGAAUUCGAUUCGAAAGUGAAAUUGAAGGGGCCUGGGUGAAGGAAGUGCACGAGAUGAUUAAUGAAGCACAUCAUGCCAUUGACAAGUACUUGCAGAGAAUUAGGUGGCUAUCAUUUAUCAACAAUUGGAAGGCCGGGAGAAAGCUCAAGGGGGACAUAAGGUGUAUACACGUUGGGUUCACACAACUCUUAGAAAGGAAAGAUAGUUAUGGCUUCAAGUUUUUAAGAAGAGAUUCAUCAAAAUUCGUCUAUCAGUCCCCACAUCAGACUCAAGACGACUUAAUUAUUUCAACUAGAUUAAGCAGGAUGCAGGAGUUCCUCAGUAAGAAGUCACCUUUAUUGGGUGAAGUAUUUUAUGAAGUCACUUCGUUGUGCAAUCAAUUGGAAAGAAUGCAUAAACUCGUACUUGGCGCAUCAGUAACAGGAGGAGGAUAUAAUUCCAGAAUGUCUUGGUUGGAGCAAACCCGGAAAAUUUUUGAUAGUGCAGAGAAAUCUUUGACUACCUUUCAGUGGAAUUCACUCAAUAUGUGGCAAAACCCUCUAUUUAAAACAAGUGCUGGGAGGAAACUUUCCCGUGACAUUGACCUCAUAAAUCAUACUAUUGAUCUUUUCUUGAAAUGCAUCAGAGCAUAUGACAUUGAAGUAAGGGAAGAGUCAAACUCAGUGGUUGGUUUGGAAGAAGACACUGAAGCAGUGGUCUCACAACUGACAACCAACAACGAACACCGCUCGGUGAUUUCCAUUGUGGGGAUUGGGGGCAUAGGAAAGACAACACUGGCAAAGAAGAUUUAUGACAAUGGAGUUGUUGUAGACCAUUUUCCUUGCCGUGCCUGGGUUUCUAUACCUCAGAAGUCUGAUAACAAAGCACUUUUGGAAGAUGUGGCAGAGCAGGUAUUGAGGUCUCUUCAACUACAAGGGGAAAAAAAUCGCAAUGGAUCCUGGAUUCAUAAGGCGCAUGAUGUCUUGAAAGACAAAAGGUACCUUUUAGUUCUUGACGACAUCUCGACGGUAGAAGAAUUGGAGACCCUGAAAGCAGAAUUUCCAGUAACAUCAUCUGGAUGCAAAAUUCUGCUCACUACACGUGACAACAUUGUGGCUUCACAAGCAGACGCUCCCCACCAACUUCGACUUCGAACCAAAGAAGAGAGCUGGAAGUUGUUCACCCAGAUGGUGCACUUUCCGCCAACAGAGGAAUUACUAGCAAAAGAUAUUUUAGAUAAAUGUGGGGGUUUACCACAAGCAAUCUUCCAUGUUGGAUAUCUGAUGUUAGGGAAAGAUGCGAGCGUGGCUGAGGAGGUCAAAGGGGUGCUUAGAUACAUCAAACAGAAUGAUGCACCAUUGUUAGAAACCUUCACUAUAAGGUCCAUUCACUCGUCUCCUCAUCUAAGAAACUGUCUUUCUUACUUCAAACUCUUCCCCAACAACUUUGAAAUUCCGGCAAGGAGAUUAACCGCAUUGUGGAUUGCAGAAGGUUUGGUAGGAGAUCAGGAGACGGAAGAAACUGGCAAAGAUGUUGCAGAUAAGUAUUUGUCCGACUUGAUCCACCUGGACAUGAUUCAAGUAGUCAAAAGAAAGCACAACGGAGAAGUCAAGACAUGUCGAUUGCCAUAUGCUCUACAGAAAUUUGAGUUGCCAGAUAUGAGCCAAGAAAGACUUACUGAUCGUUAUAACAGAAGCGACGAGACAUUUACUCUUAUUCAUGGUGACAGCUCAAACGUUCCAAUUCCUGAUCUCGUUUCCAUCCUCUCCUUUGAUACUCGAGAAGGAAAUAAACCUGGAGAAGAAAUAGGCAACUUUCUACGAAGAGGCAUCGCAGGUGGUUUCUUCCAUCGGCUACAGGUUCUUGAUCUCGAACGUGUAUUCAGACCUGAAUUGCCCAAUACCAUAGGAAAGCUAAAAGAGUUGAGGUAUCUUGGUUUGAGGUGGACUUUCCUGGAAUCAGUCCCAGCAUCCAUAGGUGACUUGCUGAACCUCCAAACCUUGGAUGUGAAACAUACAUAUGUGCACACUCUCCCUGGUUCAAUAUGGAAACUGCAGACACUUCGACACUUGUACUUGAACCAGAGUAAACAGAGUAAAUUUAAGCAUCAACAAGGUGGAAGUUCCCUGAAGAAUCUGCGGACAUUAUGGGGAGUAUUUCUGGAUAAAGAUAGUCCCUUGAUCCACUGGAUGGACAAGCUGAUAUACCUCAGAAAAUUGGGAUUGGCAUUCCAGUUAAGCCAGCCAGAGCAAAAACCAUUAGCAGACAAGAUUGUUAAGCUGAAGAGCCUUCGGUCUUUGAGAAUGAGAUCAAUCGAUGAAAUGGGUGAACCCAGUGAUCUAGUCUGCGUGUGCUUAUCAGGCCUUGAGAGUCUCUCCUGCCUAAAUUUGUUCGGAAAGCUAAAUCCUUCCAUGAUAGAUGAAUUCCCAAAAAAUCUCACUGAUCUUACGUUGUCAGGUGCUUCUCUGUCAGUUGAUCCAAUGCCCGUGUUAGAGAAUCUCUCCAACCUGAAAUUCCUCAGUUUUUACUCCAACUCUUAUACAGGUAUCAAGAUGGUUUGCUCCACCACAGGGUUUCCAAAGCUUGUGGUUUUAAAGUUGUGGAAGCUCCAACAACUAAAAGAUUGGGAUGUGGAGGAAAAGGCAAUGCAAAAUCUGAGGGAGUUGGAGAUAAGAGCGUGCACAAAUUUGAAGGUCCCAAGUGGGUUGAGGCACUUGAAGAAUCUCACUCAGCUGAAAUUAACUAAUAUGCCGGAAGAAUUUGUUGCAACCAUUGCGACAACUAAGGUGCAAAUUUGGGAUGACAUAACUCACUCGCCAACAGUCAUUACCGAUAGCUGGUAGUCUAUGCGGAAUUAGUCACAGGCUCUCUCUCCAGUAAUCGGGUAACAUCGCCCAAUGCAUUUGACGCAUAGGGAACCUGACAGCCUAGUCCAUGUUGAGUUGCAACGGGUGAUAGGUUCUUAUGAACAUGUUCAAAUUUCCUUCAACAAAACUGGGUUUGUAAUGUAAUUAUAUCUUAAGGAAUUGUUGACGUUUGUGUUUAGUACUUGAUCACUGAUUUGCUAAGUUUUCGUUUUGUUAUUUGAUAGUAUGGAUGUUAUAAUAACAGUCACUCCCACUCUUUGUUUUCUUUGAUCAUAUAUUGAUUAUUAAA